GAAGUUACUGAACUGUGACUGCAUAGAUACCACGUGGAUCUAUGAUCAUGGCCGCUAAUUCUCGAGAGGAUUCUUCAUCUCAAUCGAGAAUAAAUUGUUCUUAUUGUGAAUUAUCCUACGCUGAUAAGAAAGGAUUGGCUAGGCACAUAAAGCAGUGCCAUCCGGAGAGGAGUGAUGAGACUGGGUCUCUACUGUGUCCUUUUUGUUUGUCGGCAAAGGGGUCCUCAUUCUAUGGAACAGCAAGGGAAACUAGCUCAUUUACAUGACUUGAUAGAGAGUGGUGAUUUAUCUUCAUUAAUUGGCUUUGUCAUUAGAAAGAGAGGCGAGCUAAAUGACACUUCAGUUUGGAAAAAUAAGCUGAUGAGUCACUUCAAAGGCAGGUCCCUCAAUAACUGGGCCUUAGUUGUGCAAAGUGUAAAUGAGCUACUACAUGAGGCGGGAUGUGACUCUGAAGCAAUGAUGGAGCAAGUAGUCAUGUUUGUAUGCAGUGGUAAAGAUGUUCAAUCCUCUGACGACAAAAUUCUAAAGGAAACAUUUUCCGUAUUAGAUACCCUAACUGCAGAAAUGAAUUGCAAUGAGAUACUUGAAUUUCUGAGGACUGACGUCACAGUGGCAGGACGGGACGUAGUGGCAGUUGUUUUGAAUGACAUGGAUGAAAAGCUGCCAUAUCCCGUGCCAGCCAUCAGACAAGCAUUAAAGAGAACAGGUUCAGGAAAAACACAGGAGACAAAAAAUUUCCUUCUACCCGGAGAAAAGGCACCUAUUAAAAGGAAUAUAAAUAGCCAAAGAAGAAAAUGCGAAAUUAUAUAUCAAGAAUGCUUUCAUAGUUUGGAGACCAUAAAAGGAAGACUUAAACAAUAUCAAAAGAAAAAUCAAAAAAAGGCAUUCCAAAAGAAUAAUCCGGAUAAGGAAAUUGUGCUUGCAACUGAAGGUCCAAUGAAUACAGAGAAAGCUGAUACGGACGUUGAAGUCGUUACUCAAGAUGAAUUGAUGAAUGUGGAGAAAGCUGAUACGGACAUUACAGGACAGAGUGAAAAUUGUACGACACUUAAACGAAAGCGGAAAAGUAAACUUCAUACAUUAGUAGAUGGCUUGUCCCAUCUUGACAAGCCUCUUGAAAAGAGAAGAAAGAGACAGAAAGAAUAGUGACAAAUUAUUAUGGAUUGUCUUAUUAUGGAUAAUGAUUCAUAAUUUUUAACAAUUGAAA